CUGUUGAGCCUAUAUUUUUCUACAAAUAGUAAAUUCGACGUCGACAUUCCUUCUCAAUAUAAAUCUAAGGAAGAAGCUCCAACUUGUCCAUAAAGAAUUGAAGAUGGAGAAACGAGUAGCCAUCGUGGGCGCGGGAGUCAGCGGCCUCCUCGCCUGCAAAUACGCGUCUGCGAAAGGCUUCACUCCGAUGGUUUUCGAAGAGCAAGAUGAGGUGGGCGGGCUGUGGAAUCACACCUUGGAAUCCACCACUCUUCAAAUUACUAAACAUUUAUACGAGUUUUCAGACUUCCCAUGGCCUUCUUCAGUCCCCGAAGAAACGCCUCCCCACAACACGCAACUUGUGGAAUAUCUGCAAUCUUACGCCCACAAAUUCCAGCUGUUGCAGUACGUGAAUUUCAAAUGCAAAGUAAUCGAUGUUGAUUACGUUGGUGAGUCUGAAAAUGAGAUGAGGAGUUGGGAUUUGUGGGGUGGAGAUGGUAAAGCCUUUGGAUCCAAAGGAAAAUGGAUUCUCAGAGUUUCCCAUGCUGGAGAUGACUCCAUCAAGGAGUAUGAAGCCGAAUUCUUGGUUCUCUGCAUCGGGAGAUUCAGUGGUCUGCCGAAUUUCCCGGAGUUUGCUCCGGGAUACGGAGCCGAAGCUUUUUCCGGCAAAGUUAUGCAUUCAAUGGAUUUCUCCAACAUGGAUAAUGCCGCUGCUGCUCAAUUCAUCAAAGGAAAACGCGUCGCCGUUAUAGGUGCUGGCAAGUCCGCAAUCGACAUUGCAUUCGAGUGCGCCAAUGUAAAUGGAAGAGAUAAGCCGUGCACAAUGAUCCAGAGAGGUGCCCAUUGGAUGCUGCCCCACCACGCGCAUUCAUGGGGAUUGACAGAUUUUCUCAUCUUCACUCGCUUUGUCGAGCUCAUGCUUCAUAAGCCCGGCGAGGGCUUCUUGUCCGGCGCGAUAGCCACCUUGCUCACGCCUGUGCGAUGGGGUCUGAACAGGCUCGUGGAAAGCUUUAUUAAAUGGCAAAUGCCCCUGAAAAAAUAUGAUAUGAUUCCCAAGGAAAGCUUCGUUAGAGAAGUAUCAUCUUGCCAGAUAAUCCUACUGCAGCCUCACUUCUUCGACAAAGUCGAAGAUGGGAGCAUUGUGAUGAGGAAAUCGCAGAAUUUCACCUUCUGCAAAGAGGGUCUAAUCCUCGAUGGAGAAGGUGUCCCGUUGCAAGUAGACAUUGUCAUCUUUGCAACGGGAUAUAAAGGCGACGAGAAGCUCAAGAACAUGUUUGCUUCUCCCACUUUUCAAAACUAUAUUGAAGGAUCUCCAACCUCCACUAUCCCUCUAUACAGACAGAUAAUCCAUCCAAGAAUCCCACAGCUGGCUGUGAUAGGCUACUCGGAGUCGCUGUCGAAUAUUUUCUCAUUUGAAAUGAGGUGCAAAUGGCUGUCGCAUUUUCUGGAUGGGGCAUUCGCGUUGCCGAGCAUGGGAGCAAUGGAGAAGGAGAUCGAGGCGUGGGAGAAAUUCAUGAAGAGGUAUGCGGGUAACAAGGAGUUUAGAAGGUCUUGCAUUGGUGGUGUUCCUAUUUGGUACAAUGAUCAAAUAUGCAAAGACAUUGGUUCUUCUCCAAGAAGAAAGAAGGGCUUUUUCUCAGAGUUGUUUGAGCCUUAUUAUGCCACAGACUACCGCGGGCUAUAAAGCAUAUGUCUAUGUUUGACUGGUAUUGACACUUGCGUUGAUAUUGGUUGGUAAGAUAGCAUUAUAGUAUAUGUACGACGCAUAAUUGCAUGAAUGUUAUUGAAAUAAGAGUAUAAAAUACACAUCUUUAUUGCAUAAUAA